AGGACCUUUGUUUUGAAGUGUCGUCGAACGCCUAUUUACCAGGAAAUGGAAUUCCGAAAUUAUUGCGCGAAAAUCAACGAAAUGACAGCACGAGUCAGAAUGGCUGAGAAUGGUGCACAGUUGGUAAGCAGACUUGAAGGGCGACAGUCACUGAGGGACAUCGAACCCAAUAUAUUUCCUGUCGACUGUGGUCCAGGUCAAGGUGACGUCGUAGAGUUUCAUGGCUUGGAGGGCACAGGUAAGACAGAAACCUUGUACCACCUCAUCACCCGCUGCAUCAUGCCAGUCCAGAGUGGAGGUCUGGAGGUGGCGGUGGUCUUCGUUGACACGGACUACCACUUUGACAUGCUGCGCUUAGUGAGCGUUCUGGAGGGACGUUUGGCUGAAGACUCUAAGGAGGGUGACUGCUCUGAAAACGAACCCGAGGAGAGGGUACGUUCAUGUCUGCGCAGGCUGUCUGUAGUGCACUGCAACAGCUCAGUACAGCUCCUCCUAACCCUACACUACCUCGAAAACACCUUUUCCAGCCAGGCCUCCCUCUGCCUUUUGGUCAUCGACAGCAUUUCUUCCUUCUACUGGGUGGACAGAUUCAAUGGCGGCGAGAGCACUGUUUGUCAGGAGGCUAACCUGAGAAAGUGUGCCGAGUUGCUGGACAGACUCCGCAGAAACUAUGGCAUUGUGAUUUUCGCCACCACUCAUGCUAUAAUGAGAAACUAUGGAUCUGAUUCAGGAGUGUCAGAAGUGCCUGGCUCAUCAUCUUCAUCUCGCAGGUGGAGGUUAGCUGAUAGUGCUACAGACUUUGACAAGCCUUACCUGUGUAAAGCAUGGCAGAGAAUAGUAACUCACAGGAUGCUGUUCACUAAAAGUCAUGUGUCAAAGCAGGUUUUCUCCACAGCAUGUACCAGCAUAAUGACCAAAGGUGUCAAAAGAUGCUCGUUUCAUGUUAUGGAGGGCGGUAUUAAAUUUGUAUGUGACAAGUGAGCAUGUACUGAAAUUCUCAGCACAGGACAUAUUUUCUUUUGGGUUGCCACACAAUUAGGAGGGCUACUUGGGGAAAAAAAUUAAAUCUUAAAAUUUCCAAUUAUUAUCUGUCAGUGUGUUAAAUUAUCAAUGCAAUACUUUUUCUGUUUUCUUUGCUAAAGAAAUAAUUGCAAUGGACAUUUAAUACAAUGUAGUUGUUAGAUUAAUGGCUAAUGAAGACCUUAUUGUAUUCACUUUCCUUGGAAAAAAAUAAAAUAAAUCAAGUCACUUUUAUUUAUAUAGCGGGUUAGUGAUUUCAAAGUAACUUCACAAUAAUAAAAAGGAAAAUAUCCGAAUCAAUGAUGCAAACAUCGUAUAUGAGAUAAAUUCUAAUUCAGCUCUAAACAGAUGACAAUAGUGUCAUUGAUUCACUUCAGUUUAAUAACAGUAAAGUUCAUCGAUUAAGCUCAAGACGAUAUUUCUAUUUCUCACCUCAAGUCAGUUAAAUUACAGUAUCAAUGUUGAAGAUUGAAGAAUUAUGUAACAAAUUUGACUCUGCUGUAAAGCAGCUCUGCAAUAGACAAUAGUGUCAAUAUUUUAUAUAUUUGUAUAUAUGGGCAUAGAAUACGUGGGGGACAAGUAGAGAAAUAACAUUAAGAAUGAGAAAUAAAUACAAUACAGAUACAGUUCCAUUCUUUUAUUCAGUCAGCAUACAGACAUCUCUCAUUUAAAUAGAUCAUGUGCACCUGCAGAGAGCCUAAUGGCUGGUGUGCAAGUUUGUUUACAAUAGGGAGGAAAAAAAGUGUGAUAUAAAAGACCAUAGUGCAAACAAGUAAAGUAAAGUGCAAAAUCAGUGGAAACGCAUGCACGCAAACUCACAUAUACACAAGCUAUUUUGCAUUAAAAAAAAAAAAAGCCUAUUAAGAUUAAAUAGUUAAAACUUGUAUAAAUUAGUCUUCUCGUUGACAAUGGCCAGAUCAUGUACUACUUUGAUUUGAAAUACAUGGAGCUGUAUUUUUAUCCACCAGCAGACAGUGACGGUGUGCACUUCGGCUCAGAUAUGGGCAUGUCACGUUCCCACUGAGCUCUUACAGGUAGUGCGAGGUGAACACGGCUGCACACUCCUGGUUGUGAUUACACAAGCGGCAAAUCCUCUUCUGGCACUUACUCUUGAAAGGGAUCCCUUCUUCCCACAUAUCUGUAAGCAUGCACAGUUUAUUACCUUAAAAAUACCUUAAAAACAUGUGCUCCCUACACUGUAAAAAGUGAUAAGUUGACUUAACUUAAAAAAAUUGAGAAAAUUUUUAAGUAUAUGAUAAUUAAAAAAAAUAAGUUGACUGAAUUGUCAAGUUCACUUAACUUUUUUCUUUUAAUUAUUAUGUAUUUAAUAAUUUUAAGGCAACGGGUUUCCUCAAUUUUUUAAGUUAAGUCAGCUUUCACUUUUUACAGUGUAUCUACAGGCCUAUUCUCAUAUCAUAUAUAACUGAUGUCCUACAAAGUCUAUAGUUACAACAAAAAUGUAUCUUGACUUUAUCUAGUGGUUAUUUUGGGAAGAACAGUUUUACCCCAAGGGGGCGUUUUCCCUCAAUUUUCCCUUUUGGAAUAUCAGUCACAGCAUGUUUAAGAUGAUGAAUAAUGAAUUCUCAGUGAACUGAGUGAACACGACACAAUUUGCAUUUAGCAUUAGCACAUCAUCAGCUAACAAAAAGAAUAAUUAGGCCACAAAUGGGUUGUUUUUACACAUUUAAAAACUAGGGGGGAACUUUAUUCAACCUUAAAGUGGCUUAAAUUGACAGAAUUUUAUUGUCAUGCCAAAUAGAUUUGUGUGUGUGUGUGUGUGUGUGUGUGUGUGUCCAUGUCGAUUUCAAAGCAAAGGUCCUAAUUGCUGUUAUUUUUUCCUGCAGUUUUUAUUCUUUAUUUUUUUUUAUGUAAGAGGCAGAGAAUGGUAAUCUAUAAAGAAUAUGUAUUGAAAAGUCCUUUAAAAAUCCCUGAAGUGUUUAUUAUUAAAAAAUCAAUUUUGUUGUUAAACACUGAGGACCCCCUUUUGUAACCAGUCCCAUGCGCAAGCUCUCACACACACAGCGUGGAUCAUUCAGUGAGCGGGAAAGAGGAAACGUGUCGAAGCAGAGCGAUGAAAGCAUCAGAGAGACACUGUCUUUCAAACACUGGUGCUUCUUUCAGGCCAAGAAGCUCAUUUCCUCUUGCACCUGGACUGCUUUGGACAUCUUCCCUAGAAUCCUUGACCUUUAAUGAGCCCCCUUUUCUUACUAGGAAAAAAGAACACAGAAUUAGCAACGUACUUAUGAAACACUGCUUUUAUGUGUUUUAUUCUUUUAUCUUUGGUUUAUUUUCUAUAAGCUGUAAAUAACUGAGAUGGAGUAGUGUGCAUAUAUUCAUGAUUUGUUGAAUUUGUCUACAUUGCUGGUAAAGAAAAAAAAUGAAAUGGGAAAUUAGUGAGCUUGUGAUAAUUACUGCUUGGUUUGUGUCAUCAAAAAUCAUGUAGCCUAAAUGUUUGGUGUCUCUAUUUAUUUAUUUUUUUUUUUCAUUUUGCCAUAAUAUUGUUCAACGUAGGCUAUGUAGAUAUUUUUGUGAGACCUCUUCGUUAUUGUUAUUGUAUGCUUUUAUUUAAGCUACUUUAUGUAUUCAGAAUAGUGUAGUGUAAUAGUGGUGGGGUGAUAUAUGGAAGUUAGAAAGAAAUAAAGAAAAAUGCCCUGCAACUUUACACACAUAAAUAAAUGUAUAAUUCAUGCAAACUAUUAACAAAGAAAAAUAAAGUUUACUUUGUACUAAAACAAACAAAGAUAUACUAAUAUUUGGUCACCCAUGCUAAAU